CUCGACGUCCUCUCCUCUUUCACUCCUCUUCCUCGUCGUCUUCAGAAGCCUCGUCAUCGUCUCCAUCCUCGUCGACAUCAUCAUCGAGCACCGCUAGGCUGCUCGGCCUAUCGAUAAGCAUCUCAUCCACCACGUCCUCAACAACAACACGACCAAACAAUGGGUAACCAGCCCUCCAAGAAGAUGAAGCGCUUCUCAUCCAAGGAGCCGUCCUCCCACACCCAUGCAGAUGACGCGCUACCUCCCCCUAUGCCCCUACCGUCAGCAGUCCACAAGGAUAAAGACAGCAAGGCCGCUUCGAACGGGGUCGACCAGGCGUCGUCAACAACAUCCAAAGAUGCCAAGGAGGGAAAGGACAGUCAGAGCUUGGGAUCCCUCCGUUCCCGCAGCCAGUCUGCAUCUCGGUCGAACGGGACAACAAACGGACAAAGUGUGGGGACGACGCGUGCCCCACCACCCCCAGCGAUAAACGUCAUCCCUACCCUCACGACCACGACAGCUGAAGCUACAUCCUCCCCACGGCCCAAGAAUGGUCCACUCAAGCGCAUGCCCUCCCCGGGACCUCCCACCGCCAGCCCACCAGGCGAUUCCCCACCUGAUGACGCUCAAUCCCCGCCUGUCGAUCCACCAACGAACCCGACGAUUCUGGCCAACGCGAACCCGAACGCACCCUUCGGCGCCUCCCUCCCUCCCUCUGCAUCCCCCAUCUCUGCCUCCUUUUCCGCUUCUUCCGUCCCUGCAUCCGCCAAUGCGAGCACCAUUGACAUCGAUGGCCUGAUCUCCCGGCUCAUUUCCACGGCAUACACAGGCAAAGUGUCCAAGUCUCUUCCCCUCAAGACAAGCGAGAUCACGAGCAUCUGCCUCGCAGCGCGCGAUAUAUUCCUCUCUCAGCCGACGCUCAUCGAACUCAGCCCCCCUGUCAAAAUUGUCGGUGAUGUUCAUGGACAGUACGCGGAUCUGAUCAGAUUGUUUGAGAUGUGCGGAUUCCCCCCCGCGGCGAACUACCUGUUCCUCGGCGACUACGUCGACAGAGGAAAGCAGAGUCUAGAAACGAUUCUCCUCCUUCUCUGCUACAAGAUCAAGUACCCAGAAAACUUUUUCAUGUUACGGGGAAACCACGAGUGCGCAAACGUGACACGGGUGUACGGCUUCUACGACGAAUGCAAGCGUCGUGCCUCGCUCAAGGUCUGGAAGACCUUUAUCGACGUGUUUAACGCACUCCCAAUCGCGUCCAUCGUAGCUUCAAAGAUCUUCUGCGUCCACGGUGGCCUCUCACCCUCGCUCAACAACAUGGACGACAUCCGUCGCAUCGCGCGGCCAACCGACGUGCCUGACUACGGUCUUUUGAACGACCUCCUCUGGUCUGAUCCGUCCGAUACCGCCCAAGACUGGGAGGAUAAUGAGCGUGGCGUGAGCUUCUGCUUUGGAAAGCGGGUCAUACAGGACUUUUUGGAGAGGUACGAUAUGGACCUCGUCUGUCGUGCGCAUAUGGUCGUCGAGGACGGAUAUGAGUUCUGGAAUGAUCGCACGCUGGUUACGGUGUUCAGCGCACCGAACUAUUGUGGAGAAUUCGACAACUACGGCGCAUGUAUGAGUGUAUCGGAAGAUCUCCUUUGCGCAUUUGAGCUGCUGAAGCCGCUCGAUGGCCCAGCCCUCAGGAAGGAGAUGACAAAGGCCAAGCGGAAGAGUACUGACUGAAGUUCGACAGUGCGAUGCCCCUGCAGAGUCCUCCCGCAACUGCAUAGCACAAGCUUGCCUGUCGAGCACGUGGUCGACAUCGUCGUCCAAAUCGCCGUCCCACGACCUGGAGCCCCAGGCUUGUGGGACGGCCUGUACUAUUAUCUAAUCUAUCGGAAGGAGCGUGUCUACCCUCCACUGUGUCGCUUCUCUCUGGCCUUUCGCCCUCUCUUCCCUCAACCCCCGAACACCUUCGCCCGCGCCCCAAUCCAAUCCAAUCCAAUCCAAUCCAAUCCAAUCCAACCCAUGCCCCCUCACCAUCCCACAAAUACAUUAACAAGCUCAUUGCGCCCGUCCUCCCCGUAUGAGGCUUGGUCAACCGCACCAUAACUCCCGCUCCCCGACUUCUUUUGUCAGGCUCCAAUACCCGAUCAUCAAUCACCGCCCUGAGCCACCGUUGCCCGAGAUCCGAUGCCGAAUUAACCUUCCGCAAAUCCGCCCCUCUGCCGGAAAAGGGCCAUCGCGCCCAGGGUCGAUAUGCUGAAUUGAAUAUUGGUGCUGAAGGGUGUUCCCAGCUCGUCUCCCCGAAUUGGUCCUUUCUCCUGGCCUGUCGCUCCCCUGUCCUCGUCGUUUUCGCGUUUUGGUCUUCUUUACACUUGUGGUGAACGGGUCCGGGUGUGUGUCAACCGAAAGAUCAAGAGCGAGGAGGCCGUUUUUCCCUCGCGCCCUUUUUGCAUAACUGCUCUUCCUCUGCCGACCGUUCCUGGUGCAUGUCAAUACUUUGCGCUUACUUACACUCUGUUUCACUCCUGUU